CUUUUUAAUAGAUAAGGUUGGCUAACCUAGAUUUACUUGUGUCACGCAAUCGGUGUAUCUGUAGACAAGAUUUUAACAUGGACAUUCUCAACCUAAAAAUGUCGAUUUAUUCUUGCAUAUUUUGUAUACAGCUUAUCCGAGCUUUAGUAUCUGGUGUAGAGCUUACGACGAGUAAGGAUGUAGUUUGCAAGGAUACUCUGGACAACUGCCAGAGCUAUACAUCUGACGCCUGUACGGGGAUCUACACAUCAUGGGCUAGACAAAACUGUCAAGCUACGUGUGGAUUCUGCACUCCCCCACCUACAGCACCUGCCUCCUGCCUAGACCAGAUCCCCAACUGUGACACCUAUGAUGGCGACAUCUGCAUCAGGACAGAAUACCGCAACUGGGCUCUGAAUAACUGCAGGCUCUACUGUAGAUUCUGCACAGACGAACAACUUGCCAAGCUAUCAGAAGAAACUCCUACAAUGCCUGCAAUUGAUUGUCAGGAUAAGACCGACUGUGCAGCUUACGGUGUCGAUGCCUGUUCUGUUGACAAGUUCGGGCACUGGGGAGCUGAAAAUUGUCCGGUGUUCUGUGGAUUUUGUCACGAUGCACCACUGACAACCAGCACAUCACCGUCGCCGUGCAUUGACGUCUUGUCUGACUGCAGCACCUACCAAGCGGACACGUGCAUUAACGUCAUGUAUAGGAGAUGGGCGGAGACAAACUGCAAACGCUUUUGUGGAUUUUGUGGGACACAAGGAACAACUUCAGCAACCAGCUAUAAGCCUGUACUCAUCACAGCUGGUACUACACCAACCACACAGUCGAUGGUAGUGACAACCCGGCAGCCUCUAACAACAGCUAGUACAAUAUCAACCACAACAGCUGCUCCACUGACAACCACAACAACAGCUGCUCCACUGACAACCACAAUAUCUUCAACAACCAUUUCUAGAACAAGUACGACAACAGCCUCGACAUCGUUGAAGGUACCAGUCACAUUGAGGACACCCCCGCCUCUACCAACCACAAGCACAACCACAGUCGUGACCAUUAAAACACCACCACCACUCAUCAGGACACCACCACCACUUGGAUGACCGUCAGAGCCGUGGUCAACAUUACUUUUCCUGAUGCUACAAGGUCAUUUAAUAUGACAUCAGCGGUUGUUAUCAUAUACUUCCUUUUGUUAAAGUUGUAAAGUAAAGAAAUAUUG